AUGGACGAUACAGUUGAUUCCUUUCUUGAGGUCGCCGUCGGCAUCUCUGCCGAUACGGCAAGGCAGUUCCUUGAUGCCGCAGGCGGGAUGCUUGACGAGGCACUUUCACUCUUUUUCGCAAACGGCGGAGUAUUGGAACAGCCGCCCCUAUCACCGUCAGAUUUUGGCGGCGGUAGGGACGGAGACGAACCCUCGCCGAUGGUGGAAGAUUUAUGGGGAUCUUCUUCCUCCAACAAUGGCGGUUCAAACCGCGAAGACAACGGCGGGAAUAGAGGAACGGAUCUCGCCGCUUUGUAUCGGCCGCCUUACGAAUUGAUGUACUACGGAUCGUUCCAGGGCUCCAAGGAUGUGGCUAGGGUUCAGGACAAGUGGCUUCUGGUUAACGUGCAAUCCGCCGGAGAAUUCGCGUCGCACGUUCUCAACCGCGAUAUUUGGGCCGACGAAUCCGUCGCGCAGAUAAUCAGGAGCUCCUUCGUGUUCUGGCAGUACGAUCGCGACACGGAGGAAGGCCGGAAGGUCUGCACCUACUACAAUCUCACUUCCAUGCCGGCGGUUCUGGUGAUCGACCCUAUCACCGGUCGGAACAUGAAAUCCUGGACCGGAACGGUUCAACCUGAUACUUCCCUGCUCCAGGAAGGCCUUCAACCGUUUUUGGAUCAAAAGCCGUCCGAUUAUCUCCCAGUAGAAGUAGUAGAAGAAGAAGAAGAAGGAGAAGCCAUGGAGAAUGAGACGACGGAGACGAAGAAAGAGGAGGAGGAUGACGUCAUGCAUUAUCCCGAUCUUCCUGAAGAGCCAUUGAUGAGUGACGCAAAUCUGGUGUGUAGAGUUGGAAUUCGGCUACCUGACGGGCGAAGGCUGCAAAGGAGUUUUUUGCGUAGCGAUCCGGUUCAGUUGUUGUGGUCUUUCUGCCAUCUCCACGUCGGAACAAAGCCAUUCCGGUUGGUGCCGGCGGGUGUCCCCGGAGCGCCGAGGGUUGUUCUGGAGUAUACAACUAAAAUGAGCUUCGAGGAAUCAGGCAUCAGUAACUCCAUGAUUAUAGUAACUUGGGAUUGA